AUGAUCAAGCUCGCGGCCGUCUUUGUGGUUGCCUCGUUGCUCCACUUGGCUUCAGCAGGAGGACAGCACGGUGGACACGACCAUGUGGUAAUUCACGUGCCCUACAAGAUCAAGACGAUUCAUCACACGCACACCAUCACGAAACACAUCCACCAUGGCGGUGGAGGUGGUGACAAGUACGAAGUUCUAGGCUACACCGUGGGUCAUCCGAUAGAUUUGGGAGGUCACGGCGGCGGUGGUGGUUACGGUGGUGAUAUCGGAGGCGGCCACGAUUUAGGCGGUGGUGGCGACUUCGGCGGUGGCCACAUCGAAUACAGCAGCGGUGGCGGCGGUGGAGGCGGUGGAGGUGGUGGCCACAUCGAAUAUAGCGGUGGCGAUAUUGGCGGAGGAUACGGUGGCGGUGGAUUCGGUGGCGGCCAUGGAGGAGGUCUCGGAGGUGGAUACGGAGGAGGUGGUCUCAGUGGUGGAGGUCACGAAGACUGGGGCGGCCAUUAACCAGUGGCUCGCGCUAAUUUUGGGAGGAAUACGGUAGUUUUCUUUGGAAAAGUUCGAUUGGUUGUUCGAAACGCGCUUUCGACUCGAAUUUUAUUUUAUUUGGUACUUGGUUAGGUUCUUUUAUUUUAACUCAUUUGCGAGAAGAAGAAAAUCAAUUUGUUAAGUCUUUUGAAGCUUUAGUCAGUUACCGGAUACCGGUGACGUGUUUAUAAUUUUCUGAAACGUGGAAUAUGUUCGAUUAGAAAAGAAGCUUCUGUUUUCGAGAAGCUUCUGUUAGAAAGUAUGGAAUAUCGAAGAAGUCGAGUCACCGCGCUUCAAAAAACCAUCAAGCAUCCCCCCAUCGCACGACACUUUCACCUCUUCACGUUUAAGGGAGAUAGUUCUGAAGAGAUAGAUAUUUCUUCCGAGAGAUUUUAUGUCUUUUAUUACUGUUAUUUUUGUUUCUUGACUGGUGUUCUUCGGGGAAUGCUGAUCGACACUUUAUCGCCCUGCCCCCUUACCUCUCGUCCUAGUCUCUCAUUAAUCUGUUGUCACAUCGUUCGUAAUGUUAAUGUAAAUAUUUGUUAC